AGCGCAGUUUGCACUACGAGGUUGUGCCUCACAGACACGAUUCGCUCCAUCUCAACACAACACCGCACUGACUGAGAUCAUGGCGAAACCUAGGAAGAAGAAGAGGACUCAACCUCGCAAAGAUGAAGUUUCUGGAAAGUCUGGCCAGGGCAACCGCUCGCCGAAGAGCAUGGUUAUUCGCAUGGGCGCUGGCGACAUUGGCCCCAGCGUUACUCAACUGGCAAGAGAUUUUCGAGCAGUGAUGGAACCAGAUACAGCGAGCAGGUUAAAGGAACGAAGAGCCAACAAGCUCAAAGACUACACCGCGAUGGCCGGUCCUCUUGGUGUGACACACCUCUUCCUAUUCUCGCGAUCCAAGACGGGAAAUGUUCAUCUCAGAGUUGCCCUCGCUCCCCGGGGCCCGACACUGACCUUCCGAGUUGAACGGUAUGCUUUGAGCAAGGACAUCGCAAGAGCUCAAAAACAUCCGAGAGGAGGUGGGAAGGAAUUUCUCACAGCGCCGCUCCUCGUGAUGAACAAUUUCGUGUCGCAACCUGCAGGCGAUGCGGACGUAGACCCGAUCAAGAAGCAACUCGAAUCCCUGACGACGACCAUUUUCCAGUCAAUGUUUCCUCCCAUUAGCCCACAAACAACGCCCCUGAAUUCUAUAAAGAGAAUCCUUCUGCUCAACCGCGAGACCCAGACAGACGGAAAAUACAUCAUCAGCUUACGGCAUUACGCAAUCACCACGCGUAGGACAGGCAUUUCGAAGAGGGUGCGCCGCUUCGACCCCAGUGAACAAAGACACAGAGAGAAGAAAACAAGCGCUCUGCCGAAUCUGGGAAAGCUUGAAGAUGUGGCCGACUACAUCCUGGAUCCGGCCUCUGGCGGUUAUACUUCUGCGAGUGAGACCGAACUCGAUACCGAUGCCGAGGUCGAGGUGACACAGACGACGACGCAGCGAAUUCUAAGUAAGCGCGAGCUGCAGAAAAAGCAAAAGGGGGAUAGGGAGAAGAAGAGAGACACAGAAGAACGGUCGAAUGUGGAAAAGCGAGCGGUGAAGCUGGUGGAACUAGGUCCACGCAUGCGCCUGCGGCUCGUCAAAGUCGAGGAAGGCGUUUGUGAGGGCCGGGUCAUGUGGAACGAGUUCGUGACCAAGACGAAAGAAGAGGAGAAAGAACUCGACGAGAAAUGGGACAAGAGGCGCAAAGAGAAAGAAGAACGCAAAAAGGAGCAGAGGGAGAACGUUGAGCGCAAGAAACAGUUGAAGAAGAACACCAAGGCCAACGCAGGGCAAUCGGUGGACGGCGCCGACGAUGAAGAUGAAGAAGAAGAAGAAUGGGACAGUGACGAUCUCGAAGAUUGGGACGACCUCGACGAGGCAGAAGAGCAAGAGAAUGGCGAGAAAGGGGUAGAAGAAGAAGAUGAGGACGAGGAUGAAGAAAUGGCGGAUUGAACUCGGCCACGAUGAGAUUCAUGAAACCGUACUGCACAAAGAGCUUCGUGUUGGCUUCAAGGAGCAAUCCCACAGGUCCUGAAUUGGCAUUGAUGUCGUUCCAAUGCAGACUCGGCUUCUCCAUAACCGCCAUGGACAUGGCACUGGCACCGCCCCUGCUCGGGAUGCAGUUGUACGUUGGGCGACACCGCGACAGCCGAUGAUGUAUGAGCAUCACUUUUGUUGCUCGUACUUUCUUGUCUCCGUCCCUAUUACGUGAUUGGAUCCCGCAGGACCGGAUUGAUCUCGUGCUACUGCAGUCUAGGGACAAUUUCUAUUUCGUCCAAGCCGAGUACAAUUUGUCGAUGAAUGCCCGGCACAUAAGUCUUGUUGAAAGGCGUCUCUGCAUGGCCCUUCCAGGGAGAAGAUGUAUAUGCUCAGGUUGACAUCUGUGGAAAGAACAAAGCUCCACUUCCAGCCUGUCCGAGGGUGAGGGUUUUGGUACGAGACUGGAAUAAUCCAGGUCAAGUUUUAUAGUCGAAUAAGAGCAUUGGAGACAAAGAGAAGAAAAAACAGAAUGGUUCGUGAUUGAAUCAGCUGAUGAUGGUAUAAUCAUUGCAAGGGAUACCUAGUCACCAAUCUUUUCCAUCUAUCCUUUCU